UACUGCUCGUCGCUCAACAAUACCGGCUGCCUGGACGGGCGGACCAACUUCACCUUUGUGCGGGGGGACGUGACGGAGCCGAGCCAGGUGGUGGAUUGCAUGGAGCGACACUCGGUCGACACGGUGCUUCACUUCGCGGCGCAGUCGCACGUGGACCUGAGCUUCGGCAACUCGUACGGCUUCACGCACACAAACGUCUACGGGACGCACGUGCUGCUGGAGAGCGCCAAGAAGGUCGGCAUCCGCCGCUUCGUCCACGUCUCGACGGACGAGGUCUACGGUGAGGUCAGGGAGCACGAGGGCGACCUGCUCGAGUCGAGCAUACUGGCCCCGACGAACCCGUACGCCGCCAGCAAGGCCGCCGCCGAGAUGCUGGUCCAGUCAUACCAGAAGAGUUUCAAACUGCCCGUCAUCAUUGUCAGGAGCAACAAUGUCUACGGACCGCAUCAAUACCCUGAGAAAAUCAUACCGAAAUUCGCCUGUCUUCUCCACAGAGGUCAACCGGUCGUACUCCACGGUGACGGUAGCCCGACGAGACGGUACCUGUACGCGGCCGACGCGGCCGAUGCCUUCGACACGAUCCUGCACAGGGGACAGCUGGGGCAGAUCUACAAUGUCGGCUCCAACGACGAGGUCUCCAAUCUGGACCUGUGCGGCAAGAUCAUGGACGCCGCGCGCAUCAGGCGCGACGGGCCCGACGGCACGCGCCGGUGGAUCAAGUACACGCACGACAGGCCCUUCAACGACCGACGCUACGCCAUCGACGCCACCAAGUUGCGCGGGCUGGGCUGGAGGCCCAAAACGACGAUAGAGGACGGUCUACGGCAGACGGCGGACUGGUACCGCGCAUUUGGGGAGGCGUGGUGGGGAGACAUCACGCACGUCCUCACGCCGUUCCCGGUGGUGACGGAGGGCGAGGUCGUUCCCGAUUUCGAUCAUACCGGUAGGGAUUCGCCGCUGAGGGGGGAGGGUGAGGGUGAGGGUGAGGGUGAGGGUGAUGGGGAGAGGAACAGGUGA